AUGCCUCCCCCCAGACUGAAGAACCAGAGGCCAUUUGGUAUCGAUCGACUUGAGCAGAUCUUCCGCGCAGACUCUGAAUCGCGAUUGAUGGAGCUCUUCCUGUUCCAUUUUCGGCAAACGGGAAAGACACUAGAGCACAAGUUCUUGGGAGUGAAGGCGUAUGGAACGGUCGAGCCGGCUAAUUUGGAGGCUAUCUUGUCUACCAGUUUCAAAGGUACGGAAUGA